CUUUCUGCUUUAACAGACACCUUCAUAGAACGACAUGACUGGUACAUUCGCAGAGUUGCAACACAGCGCAUUGAAAUAAACAACUCAUGAGAAAUCAGCUGGCCUGCAUCCAGCUGACAUGAAAAAUAAUAUUGUCAGGAACGUUAGCGUUGUUUAAUGUAGCUGUAAUCUUCACGCAUCGAGCUAACAAGGUCGUCAAGAAGACCGUAGACUGCGGACACUACAUGGGACCAUUUAGCCAACUCUCUCUGCCUCAUCUCUAUUCAGCACAAGGCAAAUGUAGCUGCGUUUACUCAUCAGAUGACACGCAACAGUUCGCCUCAGUGUUAGCUAACUAGAUAGCAAGAUCGCUAACGUCACCUACUACCCCGUUUUGUUAGCUGAUUAGCUAGCUGUAACAAAUUAACCAUUGUAGGGUGAUUUCCAAAUAACGACACCCCAUCACACGAGACGAGCAAGUCGCAGGAGGUUGUUUCAAGACACAACAUUGUUAUGAAAUAUCAUGAUAAUACCAGCAGUCGGUAAACGUUAUUACUUUAUUGACACUAGCUACUUUUGCUAAUCGAGUUGGCUAGGCCCUGACACUGUAAUCCAAGUGCCUAGGAAUGACAAACUAACAUUUGUCAUUUGGGUUAAGAGAUGUACCUGUUAUAACGACGACGAAUACUGCAUUUUGUUGUUUGGCAGCGGCAAUAGCAGCUGGUAUUGAACCGUCGAACCACAACAUCUCCGCAGAAUUUGUAGAUAUAUCAAUUUACUGUGAGGCAGUUGUUGAAUGCAUCUAUGCUGACUGUGUGCCGCUAGCUAGAACCUUCAGUCUGUAAUCACGGAACAGAGUGCAAAGCAUGAUGGGAAUUGGAGUUCUACAUCAAUGCACCUGCGUAUGUUGGUUUGAGCUGUGCUUUGCAAAUGCGUAUGCAAUUCCUCAACAUAUUUGGUAACCUCGGAAAUGGUGCAACUAACAUUAGAGAUUACACCAUACAUUUGACAUGAUUAAACCUUUCCCACCAAACAAAUUCAAUGUGUCACCUUUACAUUUUCAGGGGCUAACCUAACCCUAAACCCCACCCUGGUGUCUCCAGAGACAGACCCCACACACAGACCACAGACCACACACACACCUGGGCACUCCUGUGCGUGUGUGAUUUCUUGGGUGUGGUGGUGGGACAGUUAAAAGGAGUGUGUGUGUGUGUGGGGGGGGUGAUAUGUAUGAGGCUAAGAUGCUGGUAAGGGGCAGUGUGUGUGUGUGUGUGUGUGUGUGUGUGUGUGUCGGACAACAUGAAUAUUUUUAUUUCAAGGUCUUUCCUGGCUGAUCAGGAAUUCACUGGUCAUGAUCUCUAUGUCUAUGAUGAACACUGUCAGCCAACCACAAACAGUUGUGAUGUUUCAGUUUCCUCUCAACCGCUGGGGAAUGGUGAGAAAGUUUGACAAGGAUCGUGUAAUUUAAGAAAAUGCUGUGUGCAUGGGAAUAUUCAAACAGCUCUGGGGAGAUCACACAUCAGUCAAGUUUAUUGAAGUUGUCUGUUGCCUGUCACAUGGAAAAGGACUCCGUAUCAGAUCAUGUAUGUGGCCAGUGGAAUAUCAACCUAACAUCACUGGAAUUGGUCAAUUUAAUAUCACCAUGGCUUUCUACACCUCUGCGAGCUUCUAGCAAGUCUAUGACAAUCCCUAUAUGGUAACUCUCAAUGAGGAAAUGUACAUUCAGGUGCGCCUAAGUAAACCGGACAGCAGCCUCGUCCUCUUCCUGGACACGUGUGUGGCCUCACCAAACCCACUUGAUUAUGCUGACCGUGCCUAUUAUCUACUGCUCAAUGGGUGUCCAAGAGAUCAAACAUACCGCACCUUUUCGAAUGGCUCUCAGAGUUAUGCACGGUUUGGCUUCCGGGCUUUCAAGUUCCUGCGGACACAUGAGUCUGUGUACCUGCAGUGCAAGGUCCGCAUCUGUCCUAAAGACGACCGCAACUGGUGGUAUGUCCCACUGUGGCGCCCGCAAAACACUCGAAGCCUGGACUCUCAGCACCAGACAGCCACUGUGGUCCUGGGGCCUAUCAGGCUGAAAGAUGUGGAGAAUCCUGCAGUGAAGCAGCUUGAGGACAACAUGGCUCAAGUGGAUGUCUGAACUCUGAAGAAGCCUGGUCUCAUCAGUCCAAUUUACUUAUCAUAACUGUCUGUCAACAAAAUUAUUAAAGCAUUCA